AUGGAUCAAAGGAUAGAGGAUCUGAUUGAGUGGACUAAAGCCGGAGGGGCUCAUUUCCCAGAUUGCUUGGAGUUCAGAUACACUGAUACCGAUGGUUUUGCCGCUUAUAAAAUAAAACAAGCUGACGCCAGCGAGAGUACCAUCACAUUACCCUUAUCUCUCGCCAUCUUACCUGAAACUUCACUCUCUGAAUUUCAGCUCACAUACGAAGAUCUCCAGUCAAAGAAUAUACAUCCUAAUUCUCUGACGAAAUUGUUCCUUUGCAAGCAACGCACUUUAAAAGAUGACAGUCCUUUGAAGGUUUACAUAAAAUCUCUCCCAUCAGGUGAGGAGGUUGGAGUUCCAUAUUAUUGGACACUGGAAGAACAGGAUCUGUUGAAAGGAACCAACCUACAUGCGGCUAUGAAAUUGAAACUAGCUAGUGUGAUUGAUGAAUGGUUUGCUGUGGUGUCGGAGCUACCUCAAUCUCAUCGUCCCUCUUCGUACUUUCAAGAUGUCAAUCUAUAUCAUGCCUUUAAGAGUGGAGCAGUCAGUGACUCUGUUCUUCACAAGACUACAGUGACUACUCAAUUGGACAAGAGCUUUACUAGUUUCACGAAUUAUCUUUGGGCUCAUGUGAUACUGACUUCCAGAAGUUUCCCUUAUGACCUUGUAAAUAAAAACAACCCUGUCGACGGUUUGGUGAUGGUUUUGCCGCUCCUGGAUUUAUUCAAUCAUGAACCAGCACGUAAAGUGUCUUGGGACGUAGAUCGUGAACAUAAAAAGUUCUCGUUCACAAACGACGACUUCUCUGACUUGCCAAUCGGCGCCCAGAUUAACAACAACUAUGGGCCCAAGGGUAACGAAGAACUACUUCUCAAUUACGGUUUCUGUAUUGAAGAUUCCAAAACUGACGUUGUGGCUUUACGAAUCAAGCUACCAUUGGACAAUCUAGGAAGAGUGGAACAAUUUGGUGUCAAAUUGCACACUAAAGACGAGUUUACCACUUUUGCAUUUGACACAAAAUACAAAUUUAAGGAGGGAGAUCAUCGUUACGAAGAAUUUAGGGAGGGCGUGACGUUCCUAUGCAACUGGUCUAACCUUAUUCCGAAAGAUCUAUUCAAUUUAUUUUGUUAUCUGGUUAAGAAUGACUCUGAGUUGGGUGUUACGAAUGUUGACCAAAUUUCAUUGCGAAUGAAAUUAGAGGGAUUGACACAGCUACGCAAUGCUUUGGAGGCUAAGAGACAAGUGUUACAGAAAACAUCUUUACCUCAAUCAGCUCCCCUUCCUGACUCUACGGACCAGAAGGUGAUUGCAAGAUCAAUCAGGAACUUCAACAAUGCUCGUAUCUACAGACAUACUCAAGAAAAACUCUAUGUUGCUAUGAUUGCUGAACUCAAACACAUAGAGAAGGGCUUACUGAAAGAGUAUCGCUCUAAAGUUGUUUCACUAAAGAGUAUUUGGAAAAAAGAUGCUACAUUUACUAAUUCCUUACUACUAUCACUAGGAUUUGAUUCACUGGAAAAAGUAGAGGAUUCUAAUUUUCAAGACACUGUCAUCCUGUUGUGGAUCAUGCGAACACUGAAUAGAGAGUAUUAUGAUAAAGAAGAUCAGGCAGUUUUACCCGAAUGGUUACAUAACCUCAAGACCAAGUUUCCGUUGUCUACUAUCAACGUGGAGACAGAGCCUUACAAACCUUUAUACGAACAGUUAUUUCCUCCACUAGCAGAAAGAAUUCCAGAGGUCUAUGCCAAAGGAGACUGGAGCCUAGAGUUCAUGGCAUAUGCUGGUGUUAUUCUGAGUUACAUCAGCUACACAAGAGGUGCCAAACAGGAGUGCAUACUGGUAGAACCAAUCCAGGGUGCAACAUAG